AUGGCUAUUUUCCUUAGUAACUGCAUAUGUCCUCAGUAUUUUAAAGGAGAAACUUGUGAAGAGUUAAUAUGCAUAAAUAAUGGAACUAAAGUUGAAUUACCAAAUCGUCGGCCAUUCUGCAAAUGUGCCCAUCCAGAGUACAUAACAGGGACUCAUUGUGAGUCAGUCAAAUGUGAGAAUAAUGGUCAGCCUUUGAGCAACGGGCACUGCCGAUGUCUUGACUAUUGGUAUACGGGGCAAUUUUGUCAGAGAUACACGGCAUCUUGGGGUGCAGUUAUCGGGGUACCACUGAUUUGCAUCACUGUUAUUGUAAUAUGUUGCAUAAUCUGCAGACUAGAUUUUUGUCCCAGAAGAAAAGUUCGGCAAACCAGGCGCCGGCGCCCUGGAGAUAUAGCUGAACCGGCAUCUGUUCGAACCGAUAGGUGGGUACGAACAGUGGAAGAGCAAAUGCAACAGAGACGUAUUCUUCACCAAAAUGGUCAUGAACACGAUCUUCGUCUUCAGGAGAACCUUUUAAAUGAAGAAAAUGCAGAACGGUUACGCUGUGGUAGAGCAGUUCCAAACGUGAUCCCAUCUUAUACAAUUCGGCUAGACACUAUACCCGCAUUUAAUCCUCGAAUGAUAGGAGGAGUCCUUGAGCGAGAUUUGAAAGUCGUAGAACCUCCUCCUCCCUACGAACAAGCUGUAAGUUCAAAUUUUCCUCAGCGGUACAGUACGCCAUAUAGAAGCGCUGCUUUACCGCGUCCUCCAGAGUAUACACCUAAUGCGUUGUCCGGUGCCCCUUCAGAACGGUAA